AUGCAGGAGGUGCUGAGCUUCGCGCUGGGCAUCAACAUCUCGACGCCGGACCAGUUCGACCCCGCCGACCCGGCCGCGGGCGCGUCCGCGGCCGCGCCCGCGCCGAGCCCGCCGCCCGCGCCCGCGCCCGCGCCCGAGCCCGAGCCCGAGGUCGAGCGCACGCCCGAGGAGCAGCAGGCCUUCGAGGCGAAGCAGGUCGCCCUGGCCCACAAGGCCAAGGGCAACGCGUGCUACAAGGCCAAGCAGUUCGACGACGCGCUCGAGCACUACGACGCCGCGAUCGCCGCGGACCCGACGGACGUCACGUACCGGAACAACAAGUGCGCCGUCCACUUCGAGAAGAAGGACUACGACGCCGUCGUCGCCGAGGGCGCGGAGGCCAUCCGCGUCGGCCGCGACCACCGCGCGGACUACGAGCUCGUGCACAAGAUCUACGUCCGCAUGGGCAAGGCCCGCGUCAAGCAGGGCGACCUCCCGGGGGGCCUCGAGUACUUCGCGUCGGCCCAGGUCGAGUACCGCGACAAGGCCACGGAGCGCCUCAUCAAGAACCUCGAGAUGGACAUCAAGAAGGCGAAGACGGCCGCGUACGUCGACCCCGAGAAGGCUUUGGCGGCCAAGGAGGAGGGCAACGUCAAGUUCCGCGAGGGCAAGUUCGCCGAGUCCAUCCCCCACUACGAGGAGGCCAUCAAGCGCGACCCGAAGAACCCGGCCUACAACAACAACCUCGCCGCGGCGCUCACGAAGCUCGGCAACUUCGCGGCGGCGAAGCAGGCGUGCGAGAAGGCGCUCGAUCUGGACCCGUCCUACGUCAAGGCCAUCGCGAAGAAGGGCGACCUCGAGUUCCUCAUGAAGGAGUACCACAAGGCCCUGGAGUCGUACAAGAAGGGCCUGGCCCUCGAGCCCGCGAACGCCGCGUGCAAGCAGGGCCUCGCGAAGACGACGCACGCGAUCAACUCCGCGUCGGGCAGCGACCAGGAGCGCGCGCAGCACGCCAUGGCCGACCCGGAGAUCCAGGCCAUCCUCCAGGACCCCAUGGUCCGCGACGUCAUCAACAACCUCUCCGGCGGCGACCAGAUGGCCGGCCAGCGCGCGCUCCAGGACCCGCUCAUGAAGGCCAAGAUCGAGAAGCUCAUCGCCUCGGGCAUCCUCCAGAUGAAGUAG